AUGGCCGACCAGAUUGUCAAUGAGCCGCCAGCUGGCGAGCGUCAUGUCUACGACGAGAAGCUUGAUAGAUCCGAUGAUGACAGCGGCGAGAAUGGCAACUAUGACCAAAUCAAUAUGCAGAAGAACGCGUCCGCCAAGGUUCAAAACCCGCUUGCCCAUCUAUCCAAGAGCCACCUGCUGCGCGACGUUGACGAGUUCGCCAAUGAGUUCCAGCUCACCGAAAUCUUGCCGCUGUUACGCAAGGGUGCCCUUGUCGCACGCGAUCCGGCCAACUUCGAGGCCGUCGAAGGUCUCGAUCAGGAAGAGAUCCAGGCCAUCCACAACGAGAAGCUGCAUCGGUGGCGUCAGCCAUGGCGUCUCUAUUUUACUAUUAUCCUGUGCUCUAUCGGAGCAGCUGUCCAAGGUUGGGAUCAGACCGGCUCUAACGGCGCCAACCUGUCCUUCCCCCAGGCGCUGGGUAUUCCCGACAGCACAGGCGAUGCCCACGCUGCACGCAACGAAUGGCUCAUCGGUACCAUCAACUCCGGUCCGUACCUUGGAAGUGCUGUCAUCGGCUGCUGGCUAUCUGACCCGCUGAACAAUUGGCUCGGCCGCCGUCCCGUCAUCUUCAUCGCCGGUCUGUUUUGUGUCAUCACCCCCAUCGGCUCCGCCUUUGCCCAGACUUGGCCUCAGCUGUUCAUCAUCCGUAUCUUGCUCGGUAUCGGUAUGGGGCUCAAGGCUUCUACCGUGCCCAUUUUCUGCGCAGAGAAUUGCCCUGCUGCUAUUCGUGGCGGUCUCGUCAUGUCCUGGCAGAUGUGGACUGCAUUUGGGCUUUUCCUCGGUUACAGCGCCAACCUGGCGGUCGAAUUCUGCGGCUCGAUCACCUGGAGGCUGCAGCUAGGCUCGGCCUUCAUCCCCGCCGUGCCUUUGGUGCUCGGCGUCUUCUUCUGCCCAGAGUCCCCGCGUUGGUACAUCAAAAAGGGCCGGCUGGCCGAAGCGUACAAGAGUUUGGUUCAGCUGCGCAACAACGAUCUGCAGGCCGCCCGCGACCUAUACUACAUCUACGCGCAGAUCAAGAUCGAGCGCGAGAUCGUCGGCAACAGCAACUACGUCCAGCGAUUCAUCGAGCUCUUCACGAUCCCGCGCGUGCGCCGUGCCACGCUUGCCUCGGGUGUCGUCAUGCUCGCCCAGCAGAUGUGCGGCAUCAACAUCAUGGCCUUUUACUCGUCGACCAUCUUCAGCGACGCCGGCGCCUCUGCCCGCAACGCCCUCCUCGCCUCUUGGGGCUGGGGUCUCAUCAACUUCCUCUUCGCAUUUCCCGCCAUCUGGACCAUCGACACCUACGGCCGUCGCACUUUACUUCUUCUCACUUUCCCGCAGAUGGCCUGGUCGCUGCUCGUCGCGGGUGCCUGCUUCUACAUCCCGGAGAAUGAGACCGCCCAUCUUGGUCUGAUCGCCUUCUUUGUCUACGUGUUUACCGCCUUCUACUCGCCAGGCGAGGGUCCAGUCCCUUUCACCUAUUCCGCGGAGGUGUUUCCAUUAUCCCACAGAGAGGUUGGAAUGUCUUGGGCCGUGGCGACGUGUCUCGGCUGGGCCGCCGUCCUGACCAUCACCUUCCCGCGCAUGUUGGCCGUGAUGACCCCCAUGGGGGCGUUUGGAUUUUACGCUGGUCUUAAUGUUACCGCCUUCGUGAUGAUCUACCUCUGGGUUCCCGAGACGAAGCAACGUACCCUCGAGGAACUGGAUUACGUCUUCGCCGUCCCGACGCGCGUGCACAUGCAUUACCAGGUCUUCAAGGCUUUACCGUGGUGGUUCAGGAAGUACAUCUUCCGGCAGGACGUACAUCUCGAGCCGCUGUACAAGUUUGACGAGUUGCAUGAGAAGAAGGAGGUGAGGGAGGUGAGGCACGAGGUUGCCAAGGAUGUCACCACGUAUGAGAAGGAGUAA